AAAUAAGCUUUUUGUGAGUAUGGGACAUUUUUGGAACCUUUUAUUUCAGCUCAUGAAGCAUGGGACUAACACUUUACAUGUUGCGUUUAGAUUUUUGUUCAGAAUACAUGACGUGUCCAUAGUAAAAUGCCCAGCGAUGACACACGGCUCCAACUACUACUAACUAUCACAUGGAAUUCUGAAAGGGACUUGGGAAGUUUCGGUUCAUGGUGAGUCACCACAGUACUCGUGGUCACCAGCGCGGGGAGAGAGACUCCAGUCACGCCACCCUCCCAGCACUGUGCUGUGUAUGAUUGCCGCGAUGCAGGCAGGCUAUUCGUCCAAGGAAUAGGAUCGUAGUUGGAACACUUUAGAGAACAGGUGGUCGGUAAAACGUUAACGUUUAGACGGUAUGAAGAGACGAUGAAGAUUAUUGCUGUCUGCUUGUUUGGAAUACAAUCUUUUUGACACCAAAGGAAAUUCAUAAUUGGAACAUCCUACAAAGUAGUGAGGAAUACACCUCAACGGAAGUACAUCGGGAUUCGGGAACUAAUAUGAAAGUGACAGUGUGUUUUGGGAGAACCAGGGUGGUGGUUCCUUGUGGCAAUGGAACUAUUAAAGUCCACAGUCUUAUCGAGCAAGCCGCCAUGAGAUAUAAAAAGGCUAUUGCGAAGGAUCCUGGCUACUGGCUACAGGUGCACAGGUUGGAGCAUGGGGACGGAGGCAUACUGGAUCUGGACGACACACUGUGCGAUGUGGCCGAUGACAAAGACAGGCUGGUGGCAGUGUAUGAGGAGCAGGACCCUCACCAUGGAGGCGAUGGCACCAGUGCCAGCUCAACGGGCACACAGAGCCCUGACCCCUUCACUGCCGUCGCAGAGCUCAACUCCAGCAACAUGUCCGCCUUCCAGCCCUACCAGACCAGCAGCGAGAUAGAGGUUACCCCCUCCGCCCUGCGCAGCAACAUGCCUCUCCAUGUUCGGCGCAGUAGCGACCCCUCUCUGGCAGGCCUUCCCCUGGGUGACCCACAUACAGCACCGGAGGAACCAUCCCGUAAGAACCCCACACGAUGGUCCACCACGGCAGGCUUUCGCAAGCACAACCACCACCACAGCCACAGCCACAGCCAAAACACUGGGACCAACAGCCUGGAACGCAAGGAUGUAGAUGCGUACCGGAGUCUCCCUCGUGAUUCAGCUGUUUGGGCCACCCAGUUCCAGAGAGAGACUGCCCGCUCCUCACUCAGCGCCAACCACCCCAUGGUGGACCGUUGGCUGGACAGACAGGAUCAGGAGGAGGAGGAGGAAGAGGAGAGGGUGAAGCAGGAAGAGAGGAAUGGGAGAAUAGAGCCGGUGGGGAGAGCAGACUCCUGUGUGGAACACUCCCCAACGUUAUCUCUGAAUGACAUGCUAAAGCUGGUAGAGGUGUCCAAUGUCGGCGGGCCUCUGGGGAUCCACGUUGUGCCUUUCAGUGCCACGGACAGAAGGACCCUUGGGUUGUUAGUGAAGCGUCUGGAGCGCGGCGGCAAGGCGGAGCAGGAAGGCCUGUUCCAGGAGAACGACUGUGUCGUCAAGAUUAAUAACGGGGAUCUGAGGAACAUCCGAUUUGAACAAGCCCAGAACAUGUUCAGGCAGGCCAUGCGUUCUCCUGUCAUUCUGUUCCAUGUGGUCCCAGCCUCCAUGAAGAGCCAGUAUGAGCAGCUCUCCCAGGAGGAGCUUAGCCCCCCAUGUCCGAGGGGGGAGAGGGGUAACCGGGGAAGCUUCACCUCCAGCCAGGCCUCGGACCCACAGGUCCCACAGCCCGGGGAAAGGGGUAGUCUGGUGGUCCACGGGGGGGUGGGGUUGGACCACAACCCACAGAGGAUGUCCUCCAGGUCAAGACCACACCCCAUUCCCAUCCCCAACAUCAAACACCAGAACCAUGGUCCUCUACCACAGCGUGUACCAGACCAGCGCUUCUCCACCUCGCUACCUCACAGCGGAAGCAACAACGUCUCCUCGGCCCCCUCUCCAUCCCUGCAGAGGAGAGUUAGUGCCAACCCUACUGCAGGCUACUUAAAGAAAACCGGCCGGAGACUGAACAUUCAGCUGAAGAAAGGUCCUGAGGGUCUUGGAUUCAGCAUCACAUCACGUGACGUCCCCAUAGGAGGCUCCGCCCCCAUCUAUGUCAAGAACAUCCUGGCUCGGGGUGCUGCUAUCCAAGAUGGCCGCCUGAAGGCUGGCGACCAGCUGCAAGAGGUGAAUGGGGUAGACCUUAAUGGGACGAGUCAGGAGGAGGUGGUAGCUCUACUCAGGAUCACCCCCAUGGGAGGAACAGUCAGUCUGCUAGUCCUACGCCAAGAGGACUCCUAUCUACCUAGAGAAGUGAAGUCAGAAGAAGAGGACCUGGUGUUGACCCCAGAUGGUACCAGGGAGUUCCUGACCUUUGAGAUCCCUCUGAGUGACUCGGGGUCGGCAGGUCUGGGGGUCAGCGUCAAGGGAAACCGCUCCAAGGAGAACCACGCCGACCUGGGCAUCUUUGUCAAGUCCAUCAUCAACGGAGGGGCCGCCUGCAAGGAUGGCCGACUGAGAGUCAACGACCAGCUGAUUGCCGUCAAUGGCGAGUCGUUGCUAGGGACGCCCAACCAGGAUGCCAUGGAAAUGCUUCGCCUGUCCAUGUCGACGGAGGGCAACAAACGAGGGAUGAUCCAACUCAUCGUUGCCAGGAGGGUUUCCAAGAGCAACGAGGAGGUUCCGGGAAGCUCGCGGGUGGAGGAGCAACCUCUGACAGACCCUCUGGACGACCAUGAGCGCCACAUCUCCCACUCCAUGUUCGGGACCAGAGAGUGCAUGGACGACCAGCCCUCCAUGCCGCCACGCAAUGUGAUGAUGGGACCCCGCAUGAUGGGUAACUACCAGCUGUCUCCGACUGUGAACAUGCCCCAGGACGACACCGUCAUAAUCGAAGAUGAUAGGCCACCUGUGAUCCCCGCCCACAUGUCUGACCAAUCAUCAUCCAGCUCCCACGAUGACAUGGGCUUUGCUGCAGAUAACCCAGUGACUUGGGCUCAGGACGUGCCAAACCAAAAUGAGUGCUCCCUCAGUCCAGACACAGAAGACCCAGAAGAUUCCUUUCAGAGGGAGGGGUUUGGACGCCAGAGCAUGUCAGAGAAACGCACCAAACAGUUUGGCGACAAUGCCAAUCAGCUUGAGAUCAUCAAGACGCGCAAGUCCAAGAGCAUGGACUUAGUAUCAGACGAGUUUAACCCCCACCUCACCCCCAGCACAGAAAACAUGGAAGGCUCUUCGACAGGAGAAACAAUUGGUCCCUCUCUGGGCCUGAAGAAGUCCAGCUCCCUGGAGAGCCUCCAGACUGCCGUUGCCGAGGUUACACUCAACGGGGAAAUUAACCUCCACAGGCCACGCCCACGAAUCAUCAGGGGGCGGGGCUGCAACGAGAGCUUCCGGGCAGCCAUCGACAAAUCGUACGACAGGCCAGGAGUAAUCGUUACUGCUAUGGAAGAGUGUGACCUGAAGGGAAUGGAGAAAUUGGAGGAGGACACCGAGGGGAGUACUCGGUCAGGCCGGGACUCCAUAUCUACGGCCACUGACCUGACCCUGCCACCCGGCGACUCUGUAACCAUGGAGACGCAGGUGAAUGGCAACGGCGAUAAAAAGAGGGUGAAGAGCGUGAGGGACAAGAAGAAGCCUGAGAGAGAUAAAGAAAAGGAGAAAGAAAAAGAGAGAGAAAAAAACAAAGCCAAGAAAGGGUUGCUGCUGAAGGGCCUGGGAGACAUGUUCAGGUUUGGGAAGCACCGCAACGGAGACAAGAUGGAGCGCAAGGGGUCGAGUAAAUCUAAGAUGGAGGACACACAGGCGUCUGAGGAGGAGAUGCUACGGAUGAAACUGGAGCAGGAGAGGAUCCAGGCGAAGACGAGGGAGUUCCGUGAACGUCAAGCGUCGGUGGCGAGGGAGAGGGAGUACGCUGAGAUCCUGGACAUCAACCCCAACCUGAACUGCACCUUCAGCUCCAACGAAGAUGAGGAGCACCCCUACGCAGGCAUCGGCUCCCUGGACGGGUCAUCCGAAGACAGCAGACAGGAGCCCCACCAAGGGCCCCAGCCCCCCCAGGACAGCGGUCCAGACCAGCCUGACCUGGAAGCCCUCUAUGCCCAGGUCAACAAGCCUCGCAACGGACACCCACCCUCAGCUGACAGCAAUCGACUGGCGCCAAGUAACCAUGACCGGAUACGGCGUCUGAGGGUUGAGUUCCAGCAGGCCAGAGGAGAGGAGGACCCUGAUGACCGACGGCGCACAUACAGCUUCGAGCAGCCCUGGGCUAACUCGGAGACCUAUACCCUGACCGGACACCAAUCUGUUUCUGUGGAGUCACAGGUGCAGAGACCGAGACAAGACAAGAGACGAGACUCAUUUACACAGGCCCAAAGACAGUACAGUUCCCUGCCACGGCAACCUCGUAAGACCCCCAGCACAGUGUCCCAGGAGUCGUGUGACAAAGCCUUCCCGCCGGGCGAGGUCUUCCAGACGGCCAAGGAGAACCCCCGCUACUCAAGCUACCAGGGCUCCAGGAACGGCUACCUGCACAGCGGGGCCAGUGGCUUCAACGCCCGCGUCCUGCUGGAGACCCAGGAGUUGCUGAGGCAGGAGCAGAGACGCAGGGAGCAAUCUGAGGCCAAGAUGAGGCUACCGCCGCCACAGGAGGGGGUCCCUGUCACCAACACCGGCUACGAUGACAUUCACCCAGCCCCGACUCCAACCCUUCCCCAGGAUCCACUCCUGACCCAGGCCCCGAUCCCUGUCACAGCCACACCCAAGGGCCCGUACCGCCAGGAUGUGCCCCCCUCUCCAUCUCAGCUGGCCAGGCUCAACAGGCUGCAGGGCUCAGAGAAAGGACAUCCAUUUUACUCCUGAUGGGCAAUGGAGGGAUAAGAGGAACUGGAGGAUGGAGGGGUUGAUGUUUAUCACCAGCAAUAAUAUAAGAGAGUCUGGAUCUUUUUAAAGUCCGCUAGAUCUCUUUGAAUGGUUUCAACACAGAGGUUUAAUUAAAUGUAUUUCUAUGUUGGUGUUUUUAUAACAAACUUUACAGUCAGGAUUCUAUUCACCCCAAUCACCAGUUGUCUGGUCUGUGUCUGCCAUCGUGAUCUUCCCACUUUAAGUGCCUUGUGGGAAGACUGUUCUGCCUUAAAGGUCGAAUGCAGCCGUUUUUAUCUCAAUAUCAAAUCAUUUAUGGGCAACAAUAAAGUACGUUACUGUGAUUGUUUAAAAUUAAAAUGGUCAAAAAGAAACUAAAAUAACUUCUUAGUAAAGAGCAAUUUCUUAAACAAGAAUUUUGAUCGGGAGUGGUCUGAGAAGGGAGAGGAAAACCGAAAACGUUAUGGCGAUGUCACCAGGCAGGCCAAAACUCCAUCCCACCAAAGCAGGCUCAAAUGUCAGGCGUUCUUUUCAAACAGUUCUUACACUAAAAGGGCAUGAUCAUAAUUUUCACAAUUUCACAGCAUUAUUUCAAAAUAGUGUGUGAGAUUGUGUGGUUGACCACUUCGCUGUGUGAGGUUGUAUGCUCUACCAAAUCACGUAUUUGGCUGCACUGGACCUUUAAGAGUCUAGUCUUCACCCUUCCUGUGGCUUGUGUAUUUGGACACCUUCAUCCUGCAUUGUAUCUACAAAACAUUCUGUCAAUCAGCACCCCACAGUAUUUUCACCCACACAUCAUGAGCAACUUCUGACACAAGUGUAUACUCCCAAGUGUUUCUGUAGGACCAAGAUUGUGUUUGGGUGUGUUUCUGUAGGGUUCUAUAUGCUGUCCCUGUUCCCAGUUACACUACAGAGGAAAAUUCCCCCUGGUCUAUGACACCCUUCUUAUUUAAACUCAGCCUCGCAUGCUCUCUCUCUCUCUCUCUCUCUCUCUCUCUCUCUCUCUCUCUCUCUCUCUCUCUCUCUCUCUCUCUCUCUCUCUCU